GAAUGUCAGGUGACAGCCGUAAAAGCUCGUUUAAGGGUGGAUGUAAAAUGACACCUGGGCCUACACCCAGGUGAGAAUCUUCUGGUGAGAAAAAUCACCAACGGAUUACCAAAUUUGUUGACCAGCUCUUCUGCAGCCAACAUAUAAGAAAGCCAGCCAGAAACAUGCAGCGCCUCGCUCCUCCUCCACUUCUCCUCCUCUUCUCCCUGCUCUUGCUAUGGGGCUCCUGCAGAGCCUUUAAGAUAUGUGCCUUCAACACCCAGGGCUUCAACAGCAUCAAGGCGACCAACUUUCAAAUCCUGAACACACUCACAAAGAUUGUGUCUCGCUGUGACGUUUGCCUGCUGCAGGGGGUUAGGGACCCCAAGGGCAAGGCCACCAAGGCUCUGGUGACGUCCUUAAACAGGUACAAUGAGCACAACCGCUACAAGUCUGUGUCCAGUGUAGGUCUGGGACCAACACCUGCAGACAAGCAGCAAUACGUGUACCUGUAUAGGAUCGGCUCAGUGAAUAUAACUGGUCAGUACCAGUACCCAGAUACAAAUAAUGAUUUCUUCAGAGAACCAUUUGUGCUGAUCAUACAAAGCAACAAAACCGACUUGGGACAGAUAGCGCUGGUCCCCCUCUUCUCUUACCCUAAGAACGCAGUCCAGGAGAUGGACAAGCUCUAUGACAUCCUCCCGGAGGUUUUAAAACUCAUGAACACCUCGAAUGUCAUGUUUCUGGGGGACUUCAAGGCAGGAUGUGGGUACAUGACCCGGACAAUGAAGCAGGACAUCCGACUGUUCACCAAGCCAGGUUUCUAUUGGCUAAUAGGAGACAAAGUGGACACCACCGUUCGUGACAUCACCAACUGUCCUUACGACAGGAUUGUGGUCCAUGGUGCGUCCUUGUUGAAGAACAUCGAGCCAUACUCAGCCAAGGCGUUUGACUUUGCUAAGGAGUUCAAGAUGACUAAACAGAGGGUUCUGAGGGUGAGUGACCAUUUCCCCGUGGAGGUGAAGCUACGGACUGUUUCCUCUGCACAGCCCACACGGGCUCUGCCUCAUGUCAUCAUCCUCUCUGGGAUCAUCUGGUCUAGCCUGCACUUAUCUGUAAUCACCUCAAUUGGCUGUUAACCACCUUGCCAGUUGGUUAAUCGCUGAGCCUCCCAGUUUGAACAGUCCAAACCUCCGUCCUUUUGUUUCAACUCAUCUUUUAAUCCUUCAUUGGAAAACAAACACAGACACCCUGUCCUGAUUCAUACCAGGAGAAGUCUUACAUCUGCCUUAAGAGACUGGAUCAUUUGACUCUGCUGUGGAACUAGCUUCAGGUUAGAUAUUGAUUAAUUCAUCUGUAUCUAACUCACAAUUUCAUUUCCCUAAAAUAGAUGAUUGUGAAUAAAUUGUUUUUAAAUAUUUUUUACAUGAAUUAAUUUACAUUUUUAGUAUUGCAGAAAUGUCUGUAUUACAUGAUGCUUUUUUUGUUGUACUUUUUAGAUGUUUUAAUAAAAUGUAAAAAACA